GCUCCGGGGCCUGCGAUACAAGCUCACCGUGUCCCACUGCUCUCUAAGGGUUGGCAGAGGAGUGUGCAGAGGAGAAACCCCGGCACUGCUGCGGCAGAGCCUCUCCAAGCACUUGCUGUCCAUGUGCACCGCGUUCGCGAUGAAGCAGCAGGACCCCGACUCGAGGGAGCAAGCAUGCAUGCUGUGUCGCCGGGCAGAGGCUGACCCGGAUAUCUGUGGGUGCAAAAGCGCAAAGAAGGGGCUCUGUGCCCACACCUAUUGCCUGUUCCUUGCCAGCGGGCUUUUUCCACAAGAGAGCAGGAACGGGUUUCUCACUGAGGACACCAGACGCGCAAUCCAGGAGGCAGCCCAGAAGGUGAGCAUCUGGCAAGAGCCGGGAGGCUUGUAGCAGGAGAGGCUUGCGGGAGCUCCACCUGGAGCCCCGGAAAGAAAUCCCAGCCCUUCCACCAGCUCUGGGACA